CCUGGAGAAAUCGCUCCGUAGUUUCUGCUUCAGCUGGAUCCAGUCCGGCAUUUUCCCUAAUCCAGGCCGCCUAUUCCGCACACCCAGCCCGAAUCACGGCCCCACCACGCUCCGUUUCGUUCCGGUUGUAGGCAGUGGUAGUGACUGCAUUUCCUACCACGGGUCGGCUUUUAAAAAGUGCUUUCGCUCCGCCUCGUGCCACGAUUCCCGGUUUUGAUGUUAUUUUCGCGCUAAUCCGUCCUGCUUUUCUCCUAAAUCCCCAGCUCGCAGUGUUGAGGGUGUCUUCUUUGCAUCAAUGGCUUGACUUCAGGCUUUCUUUAACCUCCAGAGAAGUUCAAGACGGACCAUCUGAUCUCCUCCCCCCGGUCCCAGCAGACUAGCUGGCUGCCUGGCUGCAUGUUUCAUCCGGACAGCUACAGACACGCAGCCGGCUCCGCAUGUUUUUUCCCAUAUCACGGGUAAGAGACUCUGACCGACGGAGGAUCUGCAGACGGAUCCCAGCCGCUUGUGCCCCCCUGCGAGCCUUAAUCUUCUGAAAAGUGAUGGCGGAGUGGGGAGCAGGGCUGCUCCUCUUGCUCUCCUGUGCCAGCCUGCUUCACCCGUCUGCCCCGUCCAAACACCCCAGCAAAGGUGUGUCUCCUCGCUCCUUUACCGCCUUCUGGUUCUCGGCUGAGCCUGCGGACACAGUGACCGUGCGGGGCGGCCACGCCCUGCUCAACUGCUCGGCGCACAGUGACUGGGGGACACCCCCACGCAUCGAGUGGAGGAAGGAUGGCGCCAUCCUCGACCCUGCGACCGACGAUCGGCGGCAGCUGCUCCCUGACGGCUCGCUGCUCAUCUCUGGUGUGCUGCACGGCAAGAACAACAAGCCCGACGAGGGUGUCUACCAGUGCGUGGCCUCCAUCGAUGGCCUGGGCUCCAUCGGCAGCCGCACAGCACGCCUCACGGUGGCCGCUGUUCCCCGAUUCUCCAGUCAGCCGGAGGUGGCCUCAGUGCAUCAUGGCGACAGCCUGGUGCUGACCUGCGAUGUCAGUCUGGACCUGGCGCGCUUUACCCGCUGGGAGCGCGAUCGGCAGCCCCUAGAGCUGAGCCCCAGGGUGCUGCAGCUGCCGGGCGCAGCCCUGGUGGUCAGCACUGCGACGGAGGCUGAUGUGGGUCGCUACCGCUGCGUGCUGGAGAACUUGGGGCCUUCCAAAGCCAGCGAGGAGGUUGAGCUGCAGGUCGUCCCAGAGGAUGGGACGGAGAGGGAGCUGCAGUUCCUGCGACAGCCGGAGUCCGUGACGGUCCUCGCUGGGGAGGGCACCUUGCUGCCCUGCGUGGCUGCGGGGUACCCCAGGCCGAGUGUGCGCUGGCAGCGGGAUAAUGUGCCCCUCAGCGACAGUGAUGGACGCUUCGAGAUUGUGGGUGGCGGAAGCCUCCGGAUCAUGGACCUGACCGAGGAUGACACAGGAACCUACAGUUGUCUGGCAGAGAGCGGGAAUGAGACCAUCGAGGCGGAGGCCGAGCUCCGGGUGCGAGUUUCUCCCCGCUUCCUGAAGACUCCCUCCAGCAUCUACGCCUACGAGUCCAUGGACAUCGAUUUUCAGUGCGAUGUCACGGGUUCCCCACCCCCAACCGUCAAGUGGGUGAAAAACGGAGACGCCAUUAUUCCAGGGGACUACUUCAAAAUAAUUAACGAGCAUGACCUGCUGAUUCUGGGCCUAGUGAAGUCCGACGAGGGUUUCUAUCAGUGCCUGGCGGAGAACGACGCGGGGAACAUCCAGUCCAACGCGCAGCUCAUUAUUCUGGAUCACAAUGUCCCCAUUCCCACUGCCCCUCCUCCCACACUAACCACUGCCCCUGCUGCUCACGUAGCCCCUGCCCCCCCAGGGAGCGGCCGUGGUCCCACCCCCUCCGCCCCACGUGAUGUCGUGGCCUCGCUCGUCUCCACCCGCUUCGUGAAGCUGACGUGGCGCCCUCCCGCCGAGCCCCACGGCGACAACCUCACCUACUCAGUCUUCCACCGGCUAGAGGGGGCAGCCAGGGAGCGGGUCCAGAACGGCACGCGGCCCGGCGACCUGCAGGUGGCCGUGCAGAACCUCCUGCCAGACACCCGGUACUCCUUCCGCGUGGUGGCCCACAACCGGAUCGGCCCUGGAGAGAGCUCGGCCCCCAUCAUCGUGGCGACCCAGCCUGAACUCCAGGUGCCUGGCCCUGCGCCUAAUCUCCAGGUGGCGUCCGUUGCCCCCACCUCUGUCACGGUCAGCUGGGGGACGCCCCUGACGGGCAACGGCGAGAUCCAAGCCUACAAGCUGUAUUACAUGGAGAAGGGUUUGGACGGAGAGAAGGAUGUUGACGUGGCAGGCCUGUCCUACACACUUACUGGCUUGAAGAAAUUCAUGGAGUACAGCUUCCGCGUGGUGGCCUACAAUAAGCAUGGGCCUGGGGUCUCCACAGAGGACGUGGCCGUGAAGACCCUCUCUGACGUCCCCAGUGCCCCCCCGCAGAACCUCACCCUGGAAGCGCAGAACUCAAAGAGCGUCAUGGUCCGUUGGCAGCCCCCGCCCCCCGAUACCCAAAACGGAAAGCUGAUUGGUUACAAGGUCCGCUAUCGCAAGGGGUCGCGCAAGAGCGAAGCGGUGGAGACGACGGGUGGCACACAGCUGUACCAGCUCAUCGACGGUCUGGAGCGUGGGACGGAGUACAGCUUCCGUGUUUUGGCGCUCACCGUGAAUGGCUCAGGACCGGCGACCGACUGGGCCACAGCGGAGACCUUCGAGAGUGACCUAGAUGAGAGCCGUGUGCCGGACGCCCCCACCUCCCUCCAUGUGCGCCCGCUGGUGAACAGUAUCGUGGUGAGCUGGACGCCUCCGGAGAACCAGGAUGUGGUGGUGCGUGGCUACACCAUCGGCUACGGCAUCGGAAGCCCCCACGCUCAGACUGUCAAGGUGGACCACAAGCAGAGGUUUUACAGCAUUGAGCACCUGGAUCCGAGUUCCAACUAUGUGAUCACGCUGAAGGCGUUCAACAACCUGGGUGAGGGCUUGCCCCUGUACGAGAGCGCCAUCACCAGGCCGCAGUCAGACCCCAUAGACCCUGACGUUGAUUUCUACGAAAUCUUACAUGCCCCAUUCACCCCAGCACCAGACCCCAGCCCCAUGCUGCCACCCGUGGGUGUUCAGGCUUCUGUCCUCAGUCAUGACACCAUCAAGGUCUCUUGGGCCGACAACUCGCUGCCCAAGAACCAGAAGAUCACGGACAGCCGGUGGUACACGGUGCGCUGGAAGACCAAUAUCCCUGCCAACACCAAGUUCAAGACUGCAAACACGACCACCCUCAGCCACAUGGUGACGGGCCUGAAGCCCAACACGCUGUAUGAAUUCUCGGUCAUGGUGACCAAGGGCAGGAGGAUCAGCACCUGGAGCAUGACGGCCCAUGGGACCACCUUUGAGAGCAUUCCCAGCUCGCCCCCGAAAGAUGUGACGGUAGUGAGCAAGGAGGGCCGUCCGCGCACCAUCAUCGUCAACUGGCAGCCCCCCUCAGAGGCCAAUGGGAAAAUCACAGGCUACAUCAUCUACUACAGCACAGACGUCAAUGCCGAGGUGCACAACUGGGUGAUCGAGCCCGUGGUGGGGAACCGGCUCACACACCAGGUGCAGGAGCUCACCCUGGACACUGUCUACUACUUCAAGCUCCAGGCUCGCAACUCCAAGGGCAUGGGGCCCAUGUCAGAGGCCGUUCAGUUCCGCACCCCUAAGGUGGAACCUUCUGACAAAAUGCCUAAUGACCAAGCAUCCGGUCCAAUGAAGCCUGGUGGACGAGGUUCUGACCCAGACCACAGCCCCAGGUCCCCAUUUGAUAAGCCCGGCAUGUCAGGCAGCAGUGACAGCCACCUGCUGGUCAUUGUCAUCGUCAUCUCAAUGGGGGUGUUCACCAUCAUCGUGGUGCUGGUGGGGGCCUUCUUCUGCACACGACGCAGCAGCUCCCAUCAGAAGAAGAAACGGGCGGCCAGCAAGUCCGCCAACAGCUCCCACAAGCAUAAGGGCAGCUCCAAGGACCUGAAGCCACCAGACCUGUGGAUCCACCACGAGCGGCUGGAGUUGAAGCCCAUGGACAAGUCUCCGGACCCCAACCCGGCUGUGAGCGACACGUCCAUCACCCACUCCUCCCAGGACGUCGUGCCCACUGACACCAGCGUGACUACUUCUGGCCACCAGAGGCGCAACUCGUACCGCGGCCUCGAGGCAGAGGACAGCGUGUCGGCACUCGGAGGAAGGCGUGGGAUCAGGCCCAAGAUAGUGAUGCCGUUUGACACGCAGCCUCCGCAGCCUGUGAUUAGUGCCCAUCCCAUCCGAUCGCUCGAUAACCACCACCCGCUUGUGGGUGGGGCAGCCCCACCCUCAUGCGGUCACCUCCGCUACCCUGUCAGCCUUGGCCCCCCCGCCCCCCCCCAGUCAGACCUGUCUGACUCCGCAGAAUCUGCGAGAAGCACCCCCAGCGUGGAGCCGCUGCCGGGCUCCAUCCCGCACAGCGGCCCGACUGAGCACGCUCAGACCGAAGGCGGCUUCCACGGCUCUGCCCCUGAUGCCGAGUCUGGCUUCCACCCCCCCACUGCUCACGUCCGGCCCUCACACCCUCUCAAGAGCUUUGCUGUGCCCCCUGUACCCGCGCACGGCCCCGCCUUUGAACCAGCUGCCCUGACAGGCCCCCCCAGUCAGCUGGCCUCGGUAAAGACUGCCUCUGUCGGUACGCUGAACCGGGCACGCCCCCCCAUGGCCGUGACGGUGCCCAGUGCCCCAGACAUCCCCGAGACUAGCAAGAUGCUCGAGGAAGCAGAGAGUUCCCUCUGACCCAUGUCCUGCCUCCCGUUCCCUCCUAUUCUAAUCUGCAAUGCUUCCCAUUUUCCUGGCCAACUGCUGACUGGCUCCGCCCCCAAAUAGCCCCACCCCUUGCUGGCUCCGCCUCCGCAGUAACACUGUUCCCUUCCUGCAGAGUUAUGAGCGAGAUGAAUUGAGUGAGGAGAUGGCUCACCUGGAGGGGCUGAUGAAGGACCUGAACACCAUCACCACUGCAUGAGCCAUGCGCCACGUGGGCUGACCGUCCGACAGGCUGCAUGGACUGACUCAUAUCAAGCUUUGAGGACAUCAUCUGGCUUGACUCACUUUGUCUCAGGAAGUGAGAUGGCCGAUUUUAAGAGAGCAGCUGCGUAUCCUUAGGAAUAAAUUACCUUUUUUCGUUCGCAAGUCUUGGUGCUCACUCGUGAAGACUGCUCUUUCCAGAACAACAAACACAACAGACAGAGGCUUCCUCUGGUUGCCGGGGGAACCCAUUUCGAAGGAGGUGACUUUAGCACCCCUCCCUGAGAUGGAGGGUGCUGUGUUUUGUGGUGCUCGCCCCUGAAGCCCCCGCUGCGCUCAGACUGCAGGGCUUUUGUCGUUAACGUGCGCUUUCUGACGAAGUAAACAUGGAACCACAGUCCGUCAUUCCUACCGUCUGGACAUUUUUAUAUCGACUGUUCAGUAUGAAGGCCUCGUACCUCCCUCCUUUGUCAUAUAUUGUGCCAUGCUUUUAUUAUGGUCUGAUAUGUUGCUGAUAUGUAUUGUUUUAUAUUCGUAUGCAUAUAGAUAUGUAUAUAUGUUUUUUAACUGCCUCAUUUCCGUUCUGUAUUGUUGUAUUUCCGGAAUCGCGGAUCUCCGCCGCGGACACGCCGCUUGUCAUUGAUUGGUUAACAUAUGCUGUUACCUGGGGGGGGCAUUUCCAAGGAUUCAUAUGUGCAGUACGCCACCUCCGUCCCCACACACACCCAUUAGCUGUUCUAGGGGGAUGUGUGAGAACAUCCCACUGGAAAGUGAGUGUCCAUCCCUGCUGUCUGUCACCUCAGGGGUCUGCAGGGUGACAGCAGCUCCAGGUCCCCUUUGCUUUGCCGCGACGCUCUCCCUGCCUUCCAGCCAAGAAGCACAGAUGCUCUGAGGCCUUAGGGGGCCUCUGUAGACCCCAAUUCUGCAUCCCUUGAAGAGUAGUGAAGCUCAAGGUUUGUCCCAGAAACACCACAGCUGCCCCCCCGCCCCCCGCCCACCAGCGCACCCCACUGAACACACAUCACCGCUCUCUGACAUGAUCACCAGAGUCGCCCCCCCUUGCUCUCUGUCUCCCACCCCUCCACCGCCCUGGUUCUAAGCGAGGCUGCUGGGCUGGGUUCUGUACGGGCUGGCUGGGCCCUCAUGCUGGAUACAGCCUGCUGAUCAUACUGGUCACCAGUGCAGGGGAUGCCUGGGUGAACUUUGUGUACAGAGUCAGUGUUAGAAAGAAGUUACCAGAAUGCUCGUGUGGCAGACGCUGCUCUUAAUUUUCCCCAUUUUUACCCAAAGAGAGAGGUCACUGCAAUCGCUGUUCCCCUGCACCUUGCUGAAUGUCACACUUCUCAUGAAUUACAUCUUCUUGAAUGUUAAUGUAACUAUGAAAUCCUGCUUCUGAAAACAAAAGACGUUUCUAAAGGAUCGACCGGGGGAUCGUUUGUUAUGUUGUAAGCCGAAUAGUAUUGCACUUUUUCCCACAAUUUUCAGAACUGCAUUUCUUACGUAUCCUGUGUUUUUAAGAAUAAAACUGUUUGUGUGAUUGUA